AUGUCACCAAAAAUAGCUGUGGUUACUGGAGGAAAUAAAGGGAUUGGCUACGCCAUUGUCGAUAAGCUUUGUUCGGUGUUUGAUGGUCUUAUCUAUUUAACUGCACGCAAUGAACAACUUGGUUUACAAGCUGUUCAACAACUUGAAUCAUCAAAUCCUAACGCUUCCAAAAAAGUAAAUUUUCAUCAAUUAGAUAUAACAAGUGUUGAAAGUAUUCAUCAUCUUGCUGAAUUUAUAAAAAGAAACCACGGUGGAUUAGAUAUUCUGAUAAAUAAUGCAGCGAUUGCCUUCAAAACGAAUGACAUUACUCCAUUCGGUGAUCAAGCUGAAAUAACAGCUCAAACUAACUUUUUUGGUACAGUUAAUGUUUGUAAUGCUUUAUUUCCGCUUCUACGAGAUCAUGCACGAGUUGUCAACAUUUCUAGUCGAGCUGGAAUGCUAGAUUCAAUAAAAAAUCCAGAAAUACGUCACAAUUUCAUUUCACCGACAGCAACAAUUGAAUCUCUAUCCGAUAUUCUUAACGAUUUUAUAAAAAAAGCGAAGCAAGAUUCACAUCAAGAUGAUGGUUAUCCGAAUUCCGCUUAUGGUAUGAGUAAAAUUGCUUUAACGGCUGUAACAAUUAUUCAACAACGAAUUUUUGAUGAAAAACCAAAUAGAGACAUAGUUGUGAAUGCUUGUUGUCCAGGCUACAUCAAUACUGACAUGACAUCAAACAAGGGUACAGGCACACCAGAGCAAGGUGCUGAUACUCCUGUUUAUUUGGCUACACUCGAGCCGCAUGUAAAAUCACCACGCGGUGAAUUUGUUGCUGAAAGAAAGAUUCUUAAAUGGAAAAUUUGA